GAAAAUAAAACGUUUUAAAAAUGGCUCCCAAGAUGAAAAAACCUGCAAAAGAUAAGGUCGGGAGGAGAGAUCAAAAUAUGAAGGAAAUGAAGGAACCAACGAAACCUCCUCGAGCGGCAGCCGGCAGAUUAAGAAAAGUAGAGAGACCGAAACUGAAGGCAAAAAGAGUUAGGCGUAAAUUGAAAGGAUGGCUAGCGACGCCGGCUGAUUGGACGCGUUUCAAUGCCUGGGCGAAAAUCAACGCACUACCAAAAAAGUAUCCGGAACCUGAGCCUAUAGUUCGACCAUCGAGGCCAUUGUCUCAAUUAAAGAAAAGGAUCAAAAUGUUGGCGAAACCAAAGGAGAGACCCGAUGAAAGCAUUCAUUGCAGAUUAGAUCUUACUAUCUCGAAAAUGGCAUUAAGAGCAAUUCCAUCUAAAAGAACGAUUUUACUAGCUCUACCAAAGAUAAGACUGGUCGAUUUUGGUCGAAUUUAUUAUCAGGUUUCUCCAGCAGCAUUGAAGUACCAGCCAACUCGAAGAAUCAUCGAGCUGAGUAUGCCUCGUGUCUUUAUUAAAGAAGAAUACAAACCAUCUAGAUUACAGGAGCGAGUAUUGGAUGAAGAGAGAUUGAGCAAAUUGGCUUUAGCGAAGAAACUGCUCGAUCAUUCUGGACAAUUAACCAAGGAAGAACUAGAGGAGCUCUUUACAUAUGGCGUAAAGAAAACUGCGCGUUUAUAUCAAAUUACACCUUGGAUAAGUUUCCUGGCUAUGCCAUCAUACAGGAUGAUAAAAGACAGGGAAGACGAGCAGGCGAAAACUUUCAAGAAAACGAUAAUCGAGGAAGAAGAGAAAAGGGGCAAGAAGGCUUUUGCAGAGUAUAAGAGAAGGAAAGAGGAGAAGAGAAGAGGGAAGAAACGAAGUAGGAAAAUUAUCGAGGCGGAAGAAGAGGUGUAUGAAACUGAAGAGAAAGAACGGGAAGCCAAGAGAAGAAAACUUGAGAAAUAUGCUUGGAGAGUUGCACCGUAUCCGUGCAUAAAUAUUCCAAUCCCCAUCAAGAAAGCAGUAUUGAAAACCAAAGCAUCUCCACGUACGGUCGAACUAGCUAAGCCGCGCGAGCGUAAAUAUAAAACUUUUAAAACUGACCCUUUUACCAUAAAAAAAGGUGCAUUGGAGGCCACGGCUACUGAAAGAAUCGAAUCUUUAGCGAAACCAAAGAGCCCUCGAAGCCUCAUCGAAAGGAAACCGCCGCGUAAGAAAGAUAAAUAUGGAAGACCGAUAUUCGAAAUGCCCAUUUAUGGCAGAGUUCUGCCAAAAAUGAAGCCGUAUAAAAUGGGCAAUUGUCCGGAACCGAAAAAGGAGAAGCCUCCUGCUAAAAAGCGACCGAUUGAUCCGAUUAUUUAUGAAGCAACCUAUGAUCCUUGUAUCUAUCCAGACUUGGCGAAGAGGCAGAAAAUCGAACGGAAACGAGCUGAGAAAUUAUUGAAAAAGAAGCCUCGUAGAAAAAAGAAAUUGGAAAGACCUGAACAUCGUGGUCCGACAGAAGCAGAAGAUAAAAAGGAAGAAGUGGAAGAAAAGGAAACGGGCGAAACAGUUGAUAAAACUGAAACUGAAUUAACUGAAGUAACCGAAGAAACUGAGGUAACCGAAGGGACAGAUGUAACUGCUGAAGUAACUGAAGAAACUGAGGUAACCGAAGGAACAGAUGUAACUGCUGAAGUAACUGAAGAAACUGAGGUAACCGAAGGAACAGAUGUAACUGAAGUAGCUGACGAACCUGAAGAGGAAAGAAAGUAAAAAUAUGAGAAUAGAAAGUAAAAAUAUGA